AUGGUUCAUAUUUCAUGCUCUCACUCUCAGAGAUCAUCGGUCGCCAUCGCUGGUGGUGGCCCAACCGCUGGUUUUAAACCGGCAGACGACAUUCUCAUCGAUUGUGGGGCCAAGUCGUCAGCCAAAACCCCUGAAGGUAGAGUCUUCAAGAGUGACUCAGAGACGGUUCAGUACAUUGAAGCCAAAGACGACAUUCAAGUCUCUGCUCCUCCUUCGGAUAAACUCCCUUCUCCUAUUUACCUAACCGCGAGGAUCUUCCGCCAAGAAGCCAUCUACAAGUUCCAUCUGACACAACCUGGUUGGCAUUGGCUUCGUCUCCAUUUCUUUGCCUUUCCCAACGACAAGUUUGAUCUCCAGCAAGCAACUUUCUCUGUUUUAACAGAGAAAUACGUUCUGCUUCAUAACUUCAAGCUGAGUAACAAUAACAAAGAUGACAAAGAUGGUAGCCAAGCUGUUGUUCAGAAGGAGUACCUCGUCAACAUCACCGAUGCUCAGUUCUCCCUUAGGUUCAAACCUCUGAAAGAUUCAGCCGCUUUCAUCAACGCCAUCGAAGUCGUUUCAGCUCCAGACGAGCUUAUCUCUGACGCAGGCACUUCUCUUUUCCCUGUCAACGGUUUCUCUGGUCUGUCUGAUUACGCGUACCAGCCGGUUUACAGGGUUAAUGUCGGUGGCCCCUUGAUCACGCCUCAGAACGACACACUAGGAAGAACAUGGACACCUGACAAAGAGUUCUUGAAAGACGAGAAUCUUGCGAAAGACGUCAAAACAACAGCUUCAGCGAUCGUGUAUCCUCCCGGAGUUACACCGCUGAUUGCGCCGCAGACGGUUUACGCAACAGCCGCGGAGAUGGCUGAUUCUCACACCAUAGAUCCUAACUUCAACGUCACAUGGAACUUCCCAUCGAACCCAUCGUUUCACUACCUUGUCCGUCUUCAUUUCUGUGACAUUGUCAGUAAGUCACUCAAUGACCUCUACUUCAACGUUUACAUCAAUGGGAAGACUGCCAUCUCAGGGCUGGAUCUGUCCACUGUAGCUGGAGAUCUCUCUGCUCCUUACUACAAAGACAUUGUGGUGAACUCGACUCUUAUGAAACCGGAGCUUCAGGUCCAGAUCGGUCCCUUGGGAGAAGACACUGGGACCAAGAACGCCAUCUUGAAUGGAGUCGAGGUCUUGAAGAUGAGCAACUCUGUGAACAGUCUUGAUGGAGAGUUUGGAGUCGAUGGUAGGACCACGGGGAUGGGGAAGCACGGGAUGGUUGCAACCGCGGGGUUUGUUAUGAUGUUUGGUGCGUUCGUAGGACUUGGAGCAAUGGUUUACAAGUGGAAGAAGAGGCCACAAGAUUGGCAGAAGAGGAACAGUUUUUCUUCUUGGUUGCUUCCUAUACACGCAGGUGACAGCAGCUUCAUGACAAGCAAGGGUGGUUCUCACAAAUCCAGCUUGUACAACUCCACGCUUGGACUCGGACGCAACUUCUCCCUCUCAGAGCUUCAAGAAGUCACCAAGAACUUUGAUGCAUCGGAGAUCAUCGGCGUCGGUGGGUUUGGAAACGUUUACAUCGGAACCAUUGACGACGGGACUCAAGUCGCUAUCAAACGAGGCAAUCCACAGUCAGAGCAAGGGAUCACGGAGUUUCACACAGAGAUUCAGAUGCUGUCUAAGCUCAGACACAGACACUUGGUCUCCUUGAUUGGGUACUGCGACGAGAACUCAGAGAUGAUCCUUGUCUAUGAAUACAUGUCAAAUGGUCCUUUCAGAGACCAUCUCUACGGGAAAACCCUCUCUCCUCUGACGUGGAAACAACGGCUCGAGAUAUGCAUCGGAGCUGCUCGUGGGCUCCACUAUCUACACACGGGAACAGCUCAAGGGAUUAUCCACCGUGACGUGAAGUCAACAAACAUUCUCCUUGAUGAAGCUUUGGUUGCUAAAGUCGCUGACUUUGGUCUCUCCAAGGACGUUGCCUUUGGACAAAACCAUGUCAGUACGGCCGUGAAAGGUAGCUUCGGGUACUUAGACCCGGAGUACUUCAGGAGACAACAGCUUACAGACAAAUCAGAUGUUUACUCCUUUGGUGUCGUUCUCCUAGAAGCUUUGUGUGCUAGACCAGCCAUCAAUCCUCAGCUUCCGAGGGAACAGGUUAACUUGGCAGAAUGGGCUAUGCAGUGGAAACAAAAAGGGUUGCUUGAGAAGAUCAUUGAUCCUCAUCUCGUUGGCACUGUGAAUCCAGAAUCUAUGAAGAAGUUUGCAGAAGCUGCAGAGAAGUGUUUAGCAGAGUAUGGUGUUGAUAGACCAACGAUGGGAGAUGUGUUGUGGAACUUAGAAUAUGCUCUUCAGCUACAAGAAGCCUUUUCUCAGGGGAAAACUGAGGCUGAGGAGGUUGAAACCCCUAAGCCCGUGGCUGCUGCUCCGGUGGUUGCUCCAUCAGCCACACCUGCCACUACCGCCGCCGCAGCAAGUGAACGUUCGGUUUCUCAGACUGAAGAAAAAGAUGAUUCUGCGGUGGACGAACACUCUGGAACUGCCAUGUUUACUCAGUUUGCUAACCUCAACGGAAGAUAA